CUGAAUCUUUCACUUGUUUCUGUGCAGGAAAAUGGCCUCUGCUGUGUUCUUCUUGAUGGUUCUUCUUGCAAUGGUGGCCUCUGCACAUGCUUACGGCGGUGGAGGAUGGGUUAACGCUCGUGCUACUUUCUAUGGAGGUGGUGAUGCUUCUGGAACAAUGGGUGGAGCUUGUGGGUAUGGAAACCUCUACAGCCAGGGGUAUGGAACAAACACUGCUGCUUUGAGCACUGCUCUGUUUAACAAUGGGUUGGGCUGUGGCUCUUGCUAUGAAAUUAGGUGUGUGAAUGACCCAAAAUGGUGCCUUCCUGGCUCCAUUGUGGUCACAGCCACUAAUUUCUGCCCUCCAAACAGUGAUGGAGGAUGGUGCAACCCUCCCCAGCACCAUUUUGAUCUCUCUCAGCCUAUAUUCCAACACAUUGCUCAAUACAAAGCUGGAGUUGUCCCUGUCUCUUACAGAAGGGUACCCUGCAGAAGAAGGGGAGGCAUCAGAUUCACCAUCAAUGGCCACUCCUACUUCAACCUGGUUUUGAUCACAAACGUCGGUGGUGCGGGUGAUGUGCACUCUGUUGCAGUCAAAGGAUCCAGAACCCGAUGGCAAGCAAUGUCCAGAAACUGGGGGCAAAACUGGCAAAGCAACUCAUAUCUGAACGGACAAGCCCUCUCCUUCAAGGUCACAACCAGUGAUGGCCACACUGUAGUGUCCUACAAUGCUGCCCCAGCUCGUUGGUCCUUUGGCCAGACCUUCACUGGUGCUCAGUUCCGUUAAGGGACACCUACCCUCUGCCUCGUACUUGGCUACUUGGGUCUUUCUGCUGUCCUCUAUAUUUAGCGGCUUCUUAGGAUUUUACAUAUAUAUUUUCUACCAUAUCAUAUAUUAAAGUUUUGUGUGACUCUUAGUAUACUAGGAUAUUAAUUAGUAUACUAUAACUAUGGGGUCAGUUGUCGUUGGCCUCUAGGGUCGGAAUUCAAAAUGGGGGAGGGCUUAUUUUAUAGGGGUCCAUCAUUUUAAUUUUAUAUAUCACUUGAAGGUUUGUUAGGGUACCCUUACUAAACUUGGGACCCUAAACUCUCCUUGCUGGGUCUUUUGCUUUUUUACUUCUGCAUGUUGUAAAGCAGAGGUUGGGCAGAGGCGGUCAGUUGACCACCCGCCAUUAGUAUUAGUAGAUUCUUUUUAUGUUCCCGGAAUGUUCCAAUUUCCGAUGCGUUUUGUGGUUGUUCUGUUAAGGCCAUUGUAAUCAGGUAAUCAGCUAAUGCUUUGAUUUCAGGUCGUCGUCUGUGUUUGAAGUUUGUUUUUCGGGACUAAUAUUUCCCAUUUUCUACUA